UGCAGGUAUGGAUCGUAAGUACAAGCUAGCCGUCAUCUCCCGUGUCGAGCGCCAUCCAGAAAUAUGGGAUUUCACUUGUGAGGACUAUAAAAAGCAAGAUGUGCGACUGACUGCUUGGGAUCAGAUUGUCAGCGAACUACAGGCAGAAGGUUUUGACACAGAUCUGCAAUCCACUAAAACGACAUGGAAGAGGCUGAAGGACACGUUUUCAAAGCGUUUGAAACACUAUCCACCAGGAGCGGCAAAAGCAUGGGUGUAUGACGAUGAUCUCCAAUUUCUAAUGUCAACAUCGAACUCAGGUGCAGAUCAUUCGAUGACGGGACCAGACGAACCGGAAUCAGUUCCAGAUGUCAAACCAAUGCAAUUUGAUAAAGAAGGAAGUGUGACCACAGAGGAUGGUUUCACUGAUGCCAGCAGUGUUUCGGUUGCGUCGCCGUCGACAGGUGGCCACCGUCAUCGACCAAGUGGAGUUCGACGAUGUUUACCUACGAAAAAAGAAGUUGGUCGCAAAGGGUCCAGCGAAACUCCGCAUACUAACGGAUGUUCGAACGAAAAUGCCACACCUGAUCGAUUCGACAUCUUAGGUCAAUAUAUCGCGCAAACCCUGCGUGAACUCUCGCCGGAUGUGUCAUCGAUGAAGAUUUUGGAAAUCACGAAAGUGCUCCAUACACCCAUGCCUUCGGCGCCUAAUGGAAACAUUAAAACAACACCAUCAUUGAAGCCGUCACAAGCAACCCGCAAGCAAUGAUCCUGGCGGGCAGUUCAUUUGCCGACAAAUGAUAUCGUUUCUGAUUUUUACGUGUAUCGAAUAUGUUUUAAUUUUCUUGUUGAUUAGUAUCAUCGUUGUUAUUUCGCUAUCAUUUUCAAUUUAUGGAAAAAUCGCUGUCAGU